AUGGUUGUUCAGUCACUGGCAGAUAGUGCAUCAGGUGGCCAUGUUCCUGUCGGGCAGGAUCAUGUCGGGGCUGUAAAGAAACCAUUCCACCCCUUCCCCAAUCUCAUACCUCAUCAUCUUUCAGCCAUGGCUACCAAUCCCGGUUUGCGACAAGAUUGCAAGAGUUACAGACCUUGCCAAGUGAAAUGUUUCCAAUGUGAAAAAUCUGGGCACAUAAGGAGAAACUGCAAAGCUCGGGGAGAAGACAGAACACGACCACCUGUGGCCCAUGGCAGUAUCCAAUGUUUUACAUGUGGCGGUUGGGGACACUAUGCGUAUCAGUGCCAUUCACCUCCAUCUCCUUUAAACUAGCAGAUGUUGGUUCUGUGGAGCAAGAACCAACAUCCAUUACCACACCAAAAGCUCCAUCAUUACGUAAAGGAAAUGUCACAUUACAUGUUGCGGGGAAGGUAGGGUCAGUCGCAUGUAUUUGGCUUGUUUGAUACUGGGGCUGAUGUGACCUGUAUUAGUUCACAACUGCCCGGGGUGCAGGACCUGCGAUUAUCUCCUCCAACAUCCAUUCCAGCUGCAGCAAAUCUGACCAAAUUAGAUUGUUUAGGUGUUACCACAAUCAAAAUUGGUCAUGUCACCAAACCUGCAGUUAGGGUUCUCGUUGUGCGAGAAUUGAGUGUUUCCGCUAUACUAGGUCUAGAUGUCCUACAUGACUAUGAGCGUAUGAGUGUGAACAGGAAGAAUCAAACCUUGGUGCUUGGUGGACACUUGAUUAAGCUAGAGAAAUGA